AUGGUUUCCCAACGCAAUAAACAUUCUUCGAAUCCGAUGAAAAGAGGAGAAAACUUGGGACUAAUUCCAACUGAUCUCAUUAUGGAGAUUUUCUCGAGAUUGCCUGCAAAGUCUGUAGCUAGGUUUCGUACCUUGUCGAAGCUAUGGGGGUCCAUGCUUCACCUUCCAUAUUUCACCCAGUUGUUCUUGACCAAGUCCUCGGCUCGUCCACGUCUCUUAUUUGCGAUCAAACGAUGCAGUGAAUGGCUCUUCUUAUCGUCGCCUCAGCCUCAGAAUCCAUAUGAUAAGUCGUCUCUUGUACUAGCUGCAAAUUUUCAUAGGAAGUUCGUUGGACGCAUAACUAGCCAUGCUUCUUCUUCUGAUGGUUUGAUAAUUUUCCCUGAUGUGUGUAAAUUAGGAGAGGCAGUGCGAGUAAUAUGUAACCCUACCACGGGAAAGUAUGCCACCUUACCUAAACUGAGCAUGAUGACGUCCAGAGAGUCGACUGACCUUUUUGGGUUUGAUCCGAUUGACAAGCAGUACAAAGUGUUAAUCAUGGGCUAUGUAACUUUUGAUGAAACGGUUCAUUAUAUUUUGACAUUAGGAACUGGACAUAUGAGGUGGAGGAGGAUCCAGUGUCCAAUAAGCCAUCAUGUUUGUUCUACAGGGAUAUGCAUCAAUGGGGAUUUGUAUUACUUAGCAGACAAAAUGGAUGAAAAGUCUCAUGGGAAAACGAAUUUGCUAGUUUGCUUUGAUGUUAGGUCUGAAAAAUUCAAGUUUGUUGAUGCAGAAUUCGCUUAUGAUAAUUGGCGUACUACAUUGAUAAACUAUAAGGGUAAAUUAGGUGUUAUCAAUUGGAACUAUGAUGAUGCUCAUGUCAUUGAGUUGAGUAUGUGGGUUCUAGAGGAUAUGGAGAAACAUGAAUGGUCAGAAUAUAUCUACACUUUGCCGGAGAACAAAGACCUUGAUGUCGACGAUAUUACCAUUGCUGGAGUGACUGCUACAGGUGAAAUUGUAUUUUCAAGUUUGAACUCUACAUGUAAACCGUUUUAUGUUAUCUACUACAAUCCCGAAAAGAACACUCUCCAAAAUAUUGUUGUUGAAAUCCAAGGUUUUGAAGCUUACCAUGAAUGCAAAGUCUACACAUUUGUAGAUUAUGUAGAGGAUCUUAGUGUUAACGAUGCGAAGCAACUCAGGUCAAGCAUCUAUGCUCGAUCUGUGAAGAAGAAGCGCAGCCUAAAUAGCAUCACGGAAAGGUCAAAACCACAACAUCGGGAAGAAGUAAGAGGAAGGGAUGACAGGCAUAAGAGGCAGUGA